AUGGGCGGCGAGGAAGAGGAGGACAGUCGUACCGCGACCCCUUCGUCUAUGCCUUCGUCCAUGGGUCCCGAUGGCCCCAAGCGUGGCCGCAGCCCUGUCAGAGCUGAACCCGCCCUUGCCGCCGAUGGCACCAAGAGGCGCAAGAAGCGCAACCGUUGGGGCGACCAGCAAGAGAACAAGGCUGCCGGUCUUAUGGGAUUGCCAACCAUGAUCACGGCCAACUUCACUAGCGAGCAACUUGAAGCUUACACCCUUCACCUUCGUAUCGAGGAGAUCAGCCAAAAGCUUCGGAUCAACGAUGUGGUUCCAGGCGAUGGCGAUAGAUCUCCCUCGCCUCCACCCCAGUACGACAACUUCGGUAGACGUGUUAACACCCGUGAAUACCGCUACCGCAAGCGACUCGAGGAUGAGCGCCACAAGCUGGUCGAAAAGGCCAUCAAGACCAUCCCUAACUACAACCCGCCCUCUGACUACAGACGCCCGACUAAGACCCAGGAGAAAGUCUACGUUCCCGUGAAUGACUAUCCAGAGAUUAACUUCAUUGGCUUACUCAUAGGACCUCGUGGAAACACCCUGAAAAAGAUGGAGACCGAGUCCGGUGCCAAAAUCGCCAUCCGAGGCAAAGGUUCCGUCAAGGAAGGAAAGGGCCGUUCUGAUGCCGCUCACGGUAGCAACCAGGAGGAAGAUCUCCACUGUCUGAUCAUGGCAGACACCGAGGAAAAGGUGAACAAAGCCAAGAAGCUUGUUCACAAUGUCAUCGAGACCGCUGCUUCCAUCCCCGAAGGUCAGAACGAGCUCAAGCGCAACCAACUGCGUGAGUUGGCAGCUCUCAACGGUACCCUCCGUGAUGAUGAGAACCAGGCUUGUCAGAACUGUGGCCAAAUCGGACAUCGCAAGUAUGACUGCCCUGAGCAGCGCAACUUCACUGCCAACAUCAUCUGUCGUGUCUGUGGCAACGCUGGCCAUAUGGCUCGUGAUUGUCCCGACCGCCAGAGAGGAAGUGACUGGCGUAACGGCCCCAGUGCCGACAGACAAGGUCCUCGUGGCACUGGUACUGGUGAUGCUGUGGAUCGUGAGAUGCAGCAACUCAUGAACGAGUUGUCCGGUGGUGCUUCUGGCGAAUAUGAGCCCCGUCGUAUUGAAGCUGGCCCUGGCGCUCCUGGUGGUUACCCCGAUGACCGUGAUGCGAAGCCCUGGCAACAGCGCGGUCCUCCCCCACCACCAAGUGAUGUGGCACCCUGGCAACAGCGUCGCGACCCCCGUCCCCGUGACGACUACGGACGUGGUGAUUACGGAGGCCGGGACGACUAUGGCUCUCGCCCUCAAGGUGGCCCCGCCCCUUGGGCCAUGCAGAACCAGAGCCGCGACUAUGGCUACGGUGCUCAGGGUGGAUACGCCGCUCCUGGACUUGCUCCCGGUGCUCCCGGUGCUCCUGGCGCUCCUGGCGCUGCUGCUCCUUGGCAACAACCAGCUCCUCCCGGUGGUCCAGCUGCGUAUGGAGGUUACGGUGGAUACGCCUAUCCCCCUGGAAUGGGAGCUCCCGGUGCUGCGCCACCUGGCAUGGGUGCGCCUCCUCCCCCUCCUGGUAUGGCUCCGGCGUACUAUGGAGCUGCUGGCAGUCCUCCUCCCCCUCCUCCCCCUGGUGAUGCACCACCACCCCCUCCUCCCAGUGACCAACCUCCCCCUCCCCCUCCUCCCCAGUGA